AGCACACCUCCAACAACCUUUGCACAGCACUUCUCCAUGUCACAGGCAAAUGCAGAAGAAAAUGUUAAGGCUGACUUAAAAAGUGUGGGAAGACGGUGAGCCGGUGUAAUCUGAUGCCGCCUGGAUUCUGAUAAACAGGCGACCAGGGCUCUGCAGCAAGAUCCACCUGUUCUUUGCUGCUUUGGGUGCUGUUUCCUGCAGGCCUUUUACCAUUUGUUUUAACAACUCUGCACCUCCAGGACCUGGUUUGGUGCUUCAGGGGGAGUCUGGUGUAUAUUUAAGCUCUCCCCCACCUAUCUGUCGGCACCAGUGGGUCCCCAGUCACUCAACUUUGCCAUCUAGUGGAGCUCUGAAGGUGCAGCUCUGUUCUGGUGAAGGAAAACCAACCAGCUACCUCCCUCACCUGGAGAGUUGUAUGCUCUGCACAUUUUUUGAGGCAUCAUUUUCACCUUUUACCUACUGGGCGCACUGUAGCACGAAACAGCUGAGGAAAAUAAUGAAAAGCAUGAACCUGAGUUUCCUGUGGAUGUUGCAAAAUACAAAGUGACCUAUCUGGAAUAUAUUGCCGCAGUGGGAGAUUUCAUCCAAAUCCAAAACCUGUUAUAAAUAAAGACAUAAUCAGCAAAUGGCAUCAUCAGUAAACGAAACAUCCAUACCACGACUAACAAAUAACGGCACCACAGUAAGACCUUUACCAAAAUAUCCCCAACACAACUGGGAAUUGUUGAUUGGGGUACUGGUGACAGCCAUCUCUGUCUCUCUUCUCCUGGCUCUUCUUGCCAAAUGUCAGGUGAUCCGACGUUACCUGGCCAGCUACAGGCACACACGCCUUAGGGAACUGGAUACUGUCAGCCAUUCUGACCAAUCAGGCCUAGAGGUGGAGUUUGAUAUGCGCAGGGGACGAAUAGACCCUCACUGCCUCCCUCCUGUGAGGGAGGAGGAUGACGACGGCUUUAUUGAAGACAACUACAUCCCAGCUAGUGAGAGAGCCCGGGCAGAGAGGGCAGCUGAGGAUAUGGAGGAAGAUACAGAAGAAGAGCUGGACGAGAUUGAAUUUAGCAUCACUUAAGAGUCUCUGGACACUUGCAGUUUGGUGGUUGGACCAGAACUCCCAGCAUCCAUCGCUGCUCCAUUUUCAGUUGUCUUAUGAGUGGGUCUGAUUUAAAGUUUUUCAAAGAAGAUACAUACUGUGUUUAAUGGCAUCACAUUAGAAUUAAUAAUUACACCAUCCUCAUAGUUAGGGAAGUUCUAAAUCUGAGCUCUGAGGGCCCACUAAAUUUUUUACAGCUGACAGUUUUAUUUAGUUUUAAAGAUCAUUUUAUUGUGUAAAAGUCAAAACUAGCAAGAAAGAAGUGCUUAUCUUGAAAGAUUAAAAAAGAAAAUACUUAUCCACUGAUGCAAUAUUUCUAAUAUAAGGUCAACACAUCCACAAGGCUGUUUAGUUUUCUAAGUGAUGCACAGAACUGGGCUCCAUUUUAUUUGCACUCAGGAGUCAGAUUUAAAAUAUAACAAGUGGGUAAAAUCCAUUGAUGCUAGCACAAAGUCAAAAUUACUUCAUUAAAAGUAUGCUGUUUUUGACAAACCUUGAUCUUUAAAUCCAUUAUGGAUACCAUCCAGUUAAACAUGCAGUAAAAGAACUGAUUAUAUGUGCUUUAAAUACUUUCCUUCUCAUUAAAUCAGCAGCACAUACAGUACUGGUUAUUAUGUAUUUGUGAACUAUUUGUGAAUCUGAAUGUAUUGAAUGUUAUUAGUUUGUAUAGCUAAUAGUAUGUAGCCAUGUCCAUUAAAACCAAUAACCAGAAAAGUCUCCUGGUUUUCUGACAUUUAUGCGGCAGUAAAAGUGAGUUAUGCAGCAGUAAAUGAAAAAGUUUUUUUUCCAUUAAUUUAUUUCUUAGCUGAUAUCAGAACAUUCUAGAUGUCACAGGUCCAUAUUAAAUUAUUUACAAAUAUCUACUAUUCUUUAAGCCUAUUCAGUUUGUUACAAAUGGUUUUCUGAAAAUGGUUCAAAUUGUUCAUGUUUUGGUUGCUUCCUUAACUCUUAUAAAAUAUUUCAUUGGGAUUUAAAUGUGAGGUUUUUUAAGUAAAUUAUUUUGCUUCUUUUGUGUUACUGAAGAACGAAAACUCUAUACAAUUACCUACCCACAACCACGAAUGAUCUCUUUUGUUACUAUUAUUUGUUUGGUUCGACUUUAUAUUUACACCUGUUAUAUAUUUUGCCUCUGUAUCUUAGUAUCUCAUACAUUGUUUCUGUUUUAGACUAAAUUUUAUUUGAAAUAUAUUCUAUAAUAAUAUGCUGAAAGUUAAUUAUCUUUAUUUCAAGAGUAAAACAUUAUUUCUUUAGAUAAAAAGUUUCUAUAUUUUGUGAUGAACGGCAGGGUAAAUAUCAGUUCAAAGGUUUCAGAAACACCUAAAGAAAAGUUGUAGUUAUAUAAGUUUUUAUCUGAUUUUUUCCCCUAUGCAUUUGUCCAAUUCUGCUUCUGUGGACAUGCUUACAUGUUUAGUUUCAUAAAAUCAAUUUUUAUAAUAAACAAGGAUAGCCUGGUUGAAUUUAAGAAGCAGUUUUUGUUAUUUGUUUUUAUUAAAAGUGAAAAAUGUGCUUAGAGUAAAAGUUUUUACAGGCCUUCUAGUAUUAAACACUCUACUCAAUCUUAUAAUUUCUUGAAGCAUCUUUGGAAGCCACAAUGGGCAUCAAACAUACAAUAGCAUCAAAGAUGCAAUAACUACUAAUGACUCCUUCACAUUUGUCUAAAGCAAUUUUGCCAAACUCUUUCUUACAGAACUGCUUUAAUUCAGUCCAAUUAUGGGAUUUGUAAACAGUGACAUUCUUGUGAAGGUCACAAAAAACAAUCAUUAUGCUUUGGAUCAUGUCUUAAUGCAUAACACACAUGCCAACACACAUCAUUUGUUUGCUCCUUCAGGAUUUUUUUUUUUUUUGCCAUUUUGCAAUGUGCUUUGUAGGUUUUAUGGCAAAUUGGAAUACCUUUUAACAACUAACCAUUUUGCCUCAUCAGAAGACAAAAUAUUUUCUCAAAAGUCUUUAGGAUAAUAAAAUAAGGAAUAAUAGAACUGUCCUAUUAAUGCAUCAUUUGCUCUGCCUGUUUCUUUUUUUUUUGAAUAAUGAAAAUAGAUUUUUUUUUCUUUAUUUCCUGCUGAGGUUUAACACUGUAUGUUUUCUGCUGUUCGUAUAAAGGCAUUGAUCAUAAAUCUUCUUGAAUAUACCCCUACCAAACUUAGCGAUCCUCUCCAAAAUGACAGACAUCACCAACUUUAUCAGUCAUUCAUUGUCAAUUUUUUUUAAUUAGGACAUAAUAUGUCGUCUUUUAGGAUCGUUCUGUCUGCCUGGUAUGAUCGGAGGUGCUCUGUGAUUUGGUGAAUUUAAACAUUUUACUAGCUGGGUUAAGGUGUUGCUUUUUUUGUGAAUUUAUAUUCAAGCCCAUCCAGGUUGGAUGCCAUAUUUAUGUUGUAAAUAACUGUUAAAUUCAAUUUCAGCCAGCUGGGAAUUCAUAUUUUCUGAUACUUUAAGAUGUUCA